GCCGCCGCCGCAGCCGCCGCAGCCGCCGCAGCCGCCGCCGGCCGUCGAGAUGGCGCCUGGCGCCGACGAGGACCGGCGGCCGCGGCACUUCCGGUUCGUGCUGGACCUGCGCAAGCUGUGUCUGCAGGAGGCGUGUCGUGGACGAGCUGUGCUCAGGUUUAGCUACCCGCACUUCGGCGACGCGUGUGAGCUGCGCUCGGGCCCGGUGCCGCUGCCCUGCCGGCGGCCGGCCACCGUGCCGCGCGCCACCUUCGAGUUCAACUUCGCCGCCUCGUGCGGCUGGCUGCGCUCCACGCUGCGUCGGUUCGCCGUCGAGGUGCGCGUCGAGGAGGCCGACACGGCCGAGCUGCUGGGCCGCGCCAGCGUCCCGCUCCACCCGGUGCUGCAGCAGCAGCGCGUCCACACGACGUCGUCGCUGGGCGUGCGCGGCUUCCAGCAGAGCCACCUGGCGGUGACCGCGGUGCGCGGCCCGGACGGCGCCGCCGCCGGCCAACUCACCGUCGCCAUGUCUCUGGACGGUCUGGGCGAGGCGGCCGGCCUUGAGGCCGAGAUGUACGCGGCGGCCCGCGAGCUCGAGCAGUGGAAGCAAGAGCAGAAGGUGCUCUUCCAGAACCAGCGGGAGGCGGCCCACCUGGCCACGCUAACCGAGGAGUGGAAGCGGCGCGACGCGGAGCGCGAGCUGCAGGUGCAGAAGCGACUGCGGGAGGCCGUGGCGCUGGAGGACAAGCUGCGCGCCGGCCUGAGCAGCGCCGCCUGUCGGCUCAGCUGGGAGGCCUGGGACCGGUUGACCAUGAUUUUGGCUGAGGCUUGA